UAUGAACACAGAGAGGUAGAGAGAGAGAGAGAGAGGAAGGAGGAGAGGAGUCUGCGCCAUCCAACUGUUGCAACCGGCCGUGUCCUGCGCUCCAGCGCCAUUGACAGCACCACUAAGGCCUAGAUUGCUCCCCAAAAUUUUCUUUUUGCCUCAAAAAUUUUGGGUGGGGGGGAGGGAGGGGGGGUUUCCUGAUCCUUCUCCCAUUCGAUCGAUCAGGGGGUCUCGAAGCCAUUAAUUGGGGGUAGACCCUUCGUUGUUUUUUUGAUUCGUCAUUCUGUAGAGGUGGUUUCUGAGUGGAUGGUAGAGAUUAGUUUCUAGGAGCUCACCGCUCAGCGAUGGCAGCCAUGGCGCACGAGGCUCAAGGGGAGCGUUCCGGUUAGCGUGCGUCCGUGAAGGGUGUGCGUCGGAUGGAAGGAGCGCGCGGAAAAGCCAUGAAUUCGGCGUCGUCGCUGAGCGGUGGGGUUGGUCUCAGGUGCAGGUAUCGAUCCCGACCGGCGUGCGGUUCCUUCUGCGUUGCGUCCGAAGCUUUCUCGGAGAUGGGGCGUCGGGCUGAGUCUGAGGGUCGUCUCUGAGGAUUUGUGGCUUCGUAGGUGGUACGGUGGUGGCAAGGAGCGGCCCUAGCGAGAUGGACAGGUUGAACAGCUUCUCGUCCGUCGAUCGCUAUUCUGGACUGUCCGAGCCGCCCGACACCGAGAUCGCCGAAACGGACCCCACAGGUCGAUACAUCCGGUAUAAUGAAGUUUUGGGUAGAGGAGCUUUCAAGACUGUAUAUAGGUCUUUCGAUGAAGUUGAUGGAAUAGAAGUGGCAUGGAACCAAGUUAGAAUAGGUGAUGUCCUGCGGUCACCGGAGGACUUGGAAAGACUGUAUUCGGAAGUGCAUUUGCUGAAAUCACUUAGACACAAUAACAUCAUCAAAUUUUUUAACUCUUGGGUUGACGAGGAGAAUAAGACUAUCAACAUAAUUACAGAGUUGUUUACUUCUGGAAGUUUGAGGCAGUACCGUAAAAAGCACAAACAUGUUGACAUGAAGGCCAUAAAGAAUUGGGCUAGACAGAUUCUUCACGGACUAGAAUACCUUCAUGCUCACAAUCCACCCAUCAUUCACAGAGAUUUGAAAUGCGAUAACAUAUUUGUCAAUGGUAACCAUGGAGAAGUAAAGAUUGGAGACCUUGGGUUGGCAACUGUUAUGCAGCAGCCAAGUGCUCGCAGUGUGAUUGGGACUCCUGAAUUCAUGGCUCCGGAGCUUUACGAGGAAGAGUACAAUGAACUGGUUGACAUAUAUUCUUUUGGCAUGUGCUUGCUUGAGAUGGUCACUUUUGAGUACCCUUACAGCGAAUGCAGGAAUCCUGCUCAGAUUUAUAAGAAAGUUUCUUCUGGAAUCAAACCUGCAGCCUUAGCUAAAGUUAAGGAUCCUUAUGUGAAGAUGCUUAUUGAGAAAUGUUUAGUUCCUGCAUCAGAAAGGCCUCCUGCAAGAGAACUAUUGAAAGACCCAUUUCUUCAAUGCGUUGAUCUAAAAGAGCAAGUCCGCAGUCCAUUACAGUUACCUAAUGUUACAUCCAAAACAUCAAGUUUUGGUCGGUCCUCCUUUCUCUCGGAUGGAACUUCAGUUGCUCAGGCAAAUUCUGGCCCACUGUCAAUGGAUAUAGAAUAUGAAUACUAUCAGGCCUGCAUGGGGGCUAAUACUAGGAACACCACUGCUUCUCCAAGGUUCCCAUGCUUGGAAUUUGAGAGAUCUAACAGGAACCAUGAAUUCAAGCUUAAGGGGGAGAAAAGUGACGCUAAUUCUGUUUCAUUGAAUCUGCGGAUAGCUGACCUUUGUGGCCGAGUGAAGAAUGUCCAUUUCAUGUUUUACCUUGAUAGCGAUACCGCACUUUCAGUUGCCAGUGAGAUGGUGGAGCAAUUGGACCUCUCGGACCAGGACGUUACGUUUAUUGCUGAGUUCAUUGAUUUCCUGAUCUCCAAGUUAGUGCCUGAGUGGAAACCAUCUUGCAUGGUUCACGCAGUCAACGGGUUAAAUUGCAUCUACACGAAAUCUAAAGUGCCUGACCACGCUCGAUUUUACUUGGGUGAUUCAUGGGACGCUGUCCGAGGAAACAAGGCUGUCAAGGGCUUGGAGGAUGUUCUAUCCCAGUCUGACUUGGGCAGUUCUUGCCUGGAUCUUAACUCCACUGAGGAUUCUGUACAGCCAGGUGAAGUUGCUCUACUUACAAAGUUGGAGGAUGGUAUGUCCCAUGGAGGCUUUGAUUCGCCUUCAAGUUUGGCUACCGCAGACGACCAGUACUCUCUUGCUUCAGGUGUAUCAUCUGAAUAUUAUAGUGCAGUCGAUUUGGUUCCCCAGGUGAGCAAACACGGCAGUGGUGGUCGUGUUCCUGAUUUGUCCCCCAGCAAUCUAAAUGAUCUUAUCAAUAUUUCCAACACUUCAAACUCACGAGGCUAUGAGACAUUGUCAUUGGAGGAAGAAGACGAUGAGUUGAAGUCAGAGUUACAUAUGAUUGAAAUGCAGUAUCAUCAGUUAUUUAGGGAACUCUCAAGACAGCGGGAGGAGGCACUGAAGGUGGCAAGGAAGAGGUGGGCAACAAAGAAUCAAGGAAGAGCUAUGUGAUACAGUUUGACUUGAUAUUCUUCGUUUUUCCUUUGUCGUCUCCUGCUUUCUAGGGGGUGACAUCAUUGCCAAUUCUCUCUAACAUAUACAGAUUGUUUUUUUCACCUUUUUGUGAACCAGUUUUGAGGCAGAUCUAUUUUAGAUCUUGUGAUAUAAUGACGAGGCAUUUAUGUACUUUCUGAAA